AAAACUCCGCGCCGCGGCGGUGGAGGAGGCGGCGGCGGCGGCAGAGGAGGAAAGGGAGGAGGAGGUGGUGGAGGAGAGGAGCAGGAGGAGGAGCAGCGGCGAGCCCGGGCGACGUCGGCGGGGCCCGAGCGCGGAGCCCCCGGGAUAGAGCGCGCACCGGGGUGUCCCGGCACCCCGCUCGCCCCGGGCCGCCGCGGAAGAUGGUGGCGGCGCCGUGCGCCCGGAGGCUGGCGCGGCGCUCGCACUCGGCGCUGCUGGCGGCGCUCAUGGUGCUGCUGCUGCAGACGCUGGUGGUGUGGAAUUUCAGCAGCCUGGACUCCGGGGCUGGAGAGCAGCGGCGCGCGGGGGCAGCGGCGGGAGCAGCCGAGCAGCAGCAGCCCGCGGCCCCGCGCCGGGAGCGCAGGGACCUGGCUGCCCAUCUGCCCGCAGCCCGCGGAGGACCUGGAGGCCGAGCCGGCGGAGGAGGAGCACGGGGAGGCGGCCCCGGAGGAGCCCGCGCACAGCAGCCUGCCAGCCGCGGGGCACUAGCCUCCCGGGCGAGGGAUCCACAACCAAGUCCACUGAUCACCCUAGAGACCCAGGAUGGCUACUUCUCUCACCGUCCCAAAGAGAAAGUUCGGACCGACAGCAACAAUGAGAACUCAGUCCCCAAGGACUUUGAGAAUGUGGAUAACAGCAACUUCGCCCCCAGGACCCAGAAGCAGAAACACCAGCCAGAGCUGGCAAAGAAGCCCCCCAGCAGGCAGAAAGAGCAUUUGCAGAGAAAGCUGGAUGCCCAGGACAAACGACAGGGCCAGUCAGUCCUGGGGAAAGGCCCCAAGGAGGUGCUGCCUCCUCGGGAGAAAGCCACAGGCAACAGUAGCCAAGGGAAGGAUCUCUCAAGACACAGCCAUGCCAGGAAGAGUGGUGGUGGUGGGUCCCCCGAAACCAAGUCUGACCAGGCCCCCAAGUGUGAUAUCUCUGGCAAGGAGGCCAUCUCAGCACUGACCCGCGCUAAGUCCAAGCAUUGUCGCCAGGAGAUUGCAGAAACCUACUGUCGCCACAAGCUGGGGCUGCUGAUGCCAGAGAAGGUGGCUCGAUUCUGUCCCCUAGAAGGCAAAGCCAACAAGAAUGUCCAGUGGGAUGAGGAUGCUGUGGAGUACAUGCCUGCCAACCCAGUCAGAAUCGCCUUUGUCCUGGUGGUCCAUGGCCGUGCCUCUCGACAGCUACAGCGCAUGUUCAAGGCCAUCUACCACAAAGACCAUUUCUACUAUAUCCAUGUGGAUAAGCGUUCCAAUUACCUGCAUCGGCAAGUGCUCCAGUUCUCCAGGCAGUACGACAAUGUCCGAGUCACCUCCUGGAGGAUGGCCACCAUUUGGGGUGGAGCCAGCCUCCUGUCCACCUACCUGCAGAGCAUGCGGGAUCUACUAGAGAUGACUGACUGGCCCUGGGACUUCUUCAUCAACCUCAGUGCUGCUGACUACCCCAUCAGGACAAAUGACCAGCUGGUAGCAUUUCUUUCCAGAUAUCGAGAUAUGAACUUCCUGAAGUCACAUGGCCGGGACAAUGCAAGGUUCAUCCGGAAGCAGGGCCUGGACCGCCUCUUCCUGGAGUGUGAUACACACAUGUGGCGCCUGGGGGACCGGCGGAUCCCAGAGGGCAUUGCUGUGGAUGGUGGUUCUGAUUGGUUCCUGCUAAACAGGAAGUUUGUAGAGUAUGUGGCAUUCUCCACAGAUGACCUGGUGACCAAGAUGAAGCAGUUCUACUCUUACACCCUUCUCCCUGCUGAGUCCUUUUUCCACACGGUUCUAGAGAACAGCCCCCACUGUGACACCAUGGUGGAUAACAACCUGCGCAUCACCAACUGGAACCGCAAGCUGGGCUGCAAGUGCCAGUACAAGCAUAUCGUGGACUGGUGCGGCUGCUCUCCCAAUGACUUCAAGCCUCAGGACUUCCAUCGCUUCCAGCAGACAGCCCGGCCCACCUUCUUUGCCCGAAAGUUCGAAGCCAUAGUGAACCAGGAGAUCAUUGGGCAGCUGGACUCUUACCUGUACGGGAACUAUCCUGCGGGCACCCCGGGCCUCCGCUCCUACUGGGAGAAUGUCUACGAUGAACCAGAUGGCAUCCACACCCUCAGCGAUGUAGCCCUCACCCUGUACCAUUCCUUCAUCCGUCUGGGUCUUCGAAGAGCUGAGUCAUCCCUACACACGGAUGGGGAGAACAGCUGCAGGUACUACCCAAUGGGCCACCCAGCUUCUGUCCAUCUCUACUUCCUUGCUGACCGAUUCCAGGGCUUUCUGAUCAAGCAUCACGUGACCAACCUUGCUGUGAGCAAACUGGAGACACUGGAGACAUGGAUGAUGCCAAAGAAAGUCUUCAAGGUCGCAAGUCCCCCCAGUGACUUUGGAAGGCUUCAGUUUUCUGAGGUUGGCACUGACUGGGAUGCCAAGGAGAGGCUGUUCCGGAACUUUGGUGGUCUUUUGGGGCCCAUGGAUGAGCCGGUGGGGAUGCAGAAAUGGGGAAAGGGGCCCAAUGUGACCGUGACUGUUAUUUGGGUGGAUCCUGUCAACGUCAUUGCAGCCACCUAUGAUAUCCUGAUUGAGUCCACUGCGGAAUUCACACACUACAAGCCCCCUUUGAAUCUGCCUCUGAGGCCUGGGGUCUGGACAGUGAAGAUUCUCCAUCACUGGGUGCCAGUGGCAGAGACCAAAUUCCUUGUGGCACCUUUGACCUUUUCCAACAAGCAGCCCAUCAAACCAGAGGAGGCUUUGAAGCUGCACAAUGGGCCACCUCGCAGUGCCUACAUGGAGCAGAGUUUCCAGAGCCUGAACCCAGUCCUCAGCCUGCACAUCAAUCCUGCCCAAGUCGAACAGGCCCGGAAGAAUGCAGCCUUCACCGGGACAGCGCUAGAAGCCUGGCUGGACUCGCUGGUGGGUGGGACUUGGACUGCCAUGGACAUCUGCACCACAGGCCCCACCGCCUGCCCAGUCAUGCAGACCUGCAGCCAAACAGCCUGGAGUUCCUUCAGCCCUGAUCCCAAGUCAGAGCUGGGUGCAGUCAAACCUGACGGACGGCUCAGGUAGCACUGGCC